AUGCAGUCGCAGCCCUGGGAGGGCCCCCCAACUGCUGCUGCUGCUGCUGCUGCCGUUGCUGCUGCUGCUGCUGCUGCUGGUUAUUGUCUGCUGCAUAAUGCUCAGCGCGUGCAGCAGCAACAGCAGCAGCAACGGCAGCAACAGCAACGGCAGCAGCAGCAGCAAAGCGUCCCAGGCAACUGUCUCCUCUUGCUGCAGCAAGAGCCCAAACAGCAGCAGCAGCACCACCACCACCACCACCAGCACCAACAGCAGCAGCAACAGUAUCGACAGGGUCUGCCUGUGCUGCGUUUAGCCGCUAUGAUCCGCUUGGCAGCAGCAGCAGCAGCAGCAGCAGCAGCAGCAGCAGCAGCAGCAGCAGCAGCAACAGCAGCAGCAGCAGCAGCAGCAACAGCAGCAGCAGCAGCAGCAGCAUUUACGCAGCUCGUCGUUGGUACUCUCGAGCUGGGGGCAUGCGGCAUCCAAGAGCAAG